CGGCCGGCAGGGCGUGUCCGAGCUGCUAUCGCGGUCUCUCCCCAGGCCGGGCUCCCGCCCCCAGCUGUCACUCAGCCCCGCCGCAGCCGCCGCAGAGCCCGGCGAGCGAGGCUGUUAAAACUGCAGGAUCCUGAAAUGUGAACUGCUUCAGUUGGUCUCAGGAAUGAUAUGAGGAAAUUCCAUAGCAGCUAAGAUUUGCAUGUUUUAAAAUAAAAUGGCUGUUCCACCUACUUACGCUGAUCUAGGAAAAUCUGCCAGAGAUGUUUUCACCAAGGGCUAUGGAUUUGGAUUAAUAAAACUUGAUUUGAAGACAAAAUCUGAAAAUGGACUGGAAUUUACAAGUUCAGGUUCAGCAAACUCAGAGACAAGCAAAGUUACUGGCAGUUUGGAAACAAAAUACAAAUGGGGGGAAUAUGGCUUGACGUUUACGGAGAAGUGGAACACCGACAACACACUAGGCACAGAGAUUACCCUUGAAGAUCAGCUUGCACAUGGACUGAAGCUGACCUUUGACUCUUCGUUCUCUCCUAACACUGGGAAAAAAAAUGCUAAAAUUAAGACAGGAUAUAAACGGGAACACAUCAACCUUGGCUGUGACAUGGAUUUUGAUAUUGCUGGACCUUCAAUACGUGGAGCCUUUGUGUUCGGCUAUGAGGGUUGGUUGGCAGGUUACCAAAUGACUUUUGAGACGACUAAAUCCAGAGUAACCCAGAGCAACUUUGCUGUUGGUUAUAAGACUGAUGAAUUCCAGCUUCACACUAAUGUAAAUGAUGGCACAGAAUUUGGAGGCUCCAUUUAUCAGAAGGUGAAUGAUAAAUUGGAAACUGCUGUCAAUCUCGCUUGGACAGCUGGAAAUAGCAACACUCGCUUUGGAAUAGCAGCCAAAUAUCAGAUCGACCCUGAUGCAUCUUUCUCUGCUAAAGUGAACAACUCCAGUCUGAUUGGUUUAGGAUACACUCAGACUUUGAAGCCAGGUAUCAAACUGACAUUGUCGGCUUUGUUGGAUGGCAAGAAUGUCAAUGCAGGUGGACACAAACUUGGUCUAGGAUUGGAAUUUGAGGCAUAAAAAGGGAUCGUACAAUCACUAAUUUGAAAAUACUUUACAGCAUAGCUACCUUCAGAAUUUAGUGAACCUUUCAAUGUUUUAUGUCUGGGAUGCAAGUAUUGUUACGUAUCAGUCAUGUUAAACCUGGUUAAAGACAGCUAAGCUUUAAAGUGUUUGUUCUUUGAGAAGAAAACAUUUAAAAAAAAACCUAAUUCCAGGCUUGUUGCCCAUCACAGCUGCUAAUUACAACUUCACAAGGGAUAUAGUGAAGGUACUGAUUACCUGUUCCAGAGUAAUGGCUAUAUAAGGACAGAAAAGUGUGAUAUAGAAACUGUGACUGAGAAUUGCAAUCCACCAUAGUGAACUCUUAAUUUAUGAAGCAUAGUUUUUGGAUAUUAACUUAUCAGAGUUUCAGUCCAGGAUGGAGUGUGCAAAACUAUCAGAAAAAAAGGAUAUUUUUAGAGAGAUAUUCCAUUAACUGUUUGUCUUAUUUAGUUAUCUGAUACCUACAGCUGUCUUCAGAGUGCUUUAGAUUGUUCACCUUGUAUAAUUUUGGUAUGGAGAAGGUUUGAUGUGACUCAGUCAAUAAUACUUGUUUUGUGGUGGUGUUCCUUUCCCUUGCACUAAAUAUGGAAAAGCUUGUAAGACAGAGCCAUAAGCAGGGAAGAGUCUUUGUAACUGUCAUCACAUAGUGGCAUCACUCUGAAUUUAAAAUGGACUUUUGUUUUAUUACCACUUUUUUUAGAAAUUUAAUAACAUUUUUAGUCUUCCAUUUUGUGUGGAACUAGACCCCAAAAUGCUGUACUUGACACUACUUAAAAUGAAAUAGACAAAAAACCCAACUUGAAUAAAAUAUUGAAACUUCACCUUUUA